AUGUCGAAUCGACCGAGCCUUAUCUUCAUCCAUGGCUCCUGGCAUAGACCUAUAUGCUUCGACCCGAUCGUUAAGCUCCUGGAGCCCAAUUUCAGAUGUGUCAGAGUGGCUCUCCCCUCAACUGCUUUUAAUCCUGAAGCGACUUUCAAAGAUGAUCUCGACGCAACUCGGGAUGCGAUUUCCGCCGAGACAAGGGACGGGCGCAAUGUCGUUGUUGUUGCGCACUCAUACGGCGGAUUGGUGGGCAACAGCGCUAUCAAGGGUUUCGCUAAGCCAAAGGACGCUGAUACUAGUCAAACGGGGUACGUUUGUGGGCUGAUCCUCAUAGCCUCUGGGUUUAGCUUGACUGGGCUGUCCUUUAUGGAUCCCUUCUUCGGUCGUCCGCCGCCUUCCUGGCGUGUGAAUGACCAAACCGGCUACGCUGAGCUUGUUGCUUCCCCACAAGAAAUAUUCUACCACGAUUUGCCAGAGAAGGAGGCAACGUACUGGAUCUCUCACCUUACGAGUCAGAGUCUGAAGGCAUUAUUCGAAGGCGGCGAAUACAGUUAUUCCGGUUGGAAAGACGUGCCAUCUUGGUACAUCGGAACUGUGGAGGACCGAGGAUUACCAGUUCUGGCCCAGCGCAUGUCAGUUGGCAUGGCAAGAGGGAUGGGGGCUAGUGUGGAGCAUCGGGAGCUGCAAACGAGCCAUUCGCCAUUUCUGAGUCAACCUGGGUUAACAGUGGAGAUCAUUAUGGAGGCCGUUGAUGCAUUUACCCAUUCGUCGUGCCAGGUUCUGCCCUCUUUAAACCAGUCACAUGGUUCAAAUUUGGACUGCCGUUGGCCUUUGGUCGUGUGUUAG